UUCAAGGAUAUUGAAGCAUUUCCCGCCAUUUACAGUACUAAAUACUUGUAUAUAUUUCAUAUAAAACAUUUAUAAAAGUAAUUAAAAAUCAGUCUAGAAUAAUGGAAGGAUUCGAUGAUCCAGGAAUAUUCUAUUCUAAUAAUUUUCCCACUAGUGAAUCUAAUGAAAGUCAAGUUAAACUUCAAUACUCGAAAAAGAAGUUUAUGGAAUUUAUUAGACAAUUUCAUGAAGGCAAUUUUAAUUAUAAAUAUAGAGAUACCUUAAAACGUAAUUACAAUCUUGGUCAAUAUUGGGUAGAGAUUAACUUAGAAGAUUUAGCAGCUUUUGAUGAGUCACUUGCAGAAAAAGUUUAUAAGCACCCAACAGAAUAUUUACCAAUUUUGGAGGAAGCUGCAAAAGAUUUAGCAGAUGAACUAACAACUCCUAGACCUGAAGGUGAAGAAAAAGUUGAAGAUAUACAAGUGUUAUUAUCCUCAGAUGCAAACCCAAGUUCCUUAAGAGGAAUGAAACCUGAUGCAGUUUCAAAGCUUAUAAAGGUACCUGGUAUUGUUAUAUCAGCAUCUGGAAUCAGAGCAAAAGCAACAAAAAUUGCUAUACAAUGUCGUUCUUGUAGAAACACACAAACAAAUAUUUCUAUUAAACCUGGUUUAGAAGGAUAUGUUUUACCUAGAAAAUGCACAACUGAACAAGCAGGUCGACCAAAAUGUCCAUUAGAUCCAUUUUUCAUAAUGCCAGAUAAAUGUCAGUGUGUUGAUUUUCAAGUCCUUAAGUUACAAGAAUUACCAGACAACAUCCCACAGGGUGAAAUACCAAGACAUUUGCAAUUAUAUUGUGAUCGUUAUUUAUGUGAUAAAGUUGUACCAGGCAACAGAGUUCUUAUACUGGGAAUAUAUUCUAUCAAGAAGGUCACCAAAACUGGUAGAGGUGCAGGAAAAGAGAAAACAUUGGUUGGUGUUCGAGCACCGUAUAUAAGAGUUGUUGGUAUCUCUGUAGAUGGAGAAAAUACAGGCAGUGGUACUCAUCCAGCUAUUACAAAUGAAGAAGAAGAUUUAUUUAGACGUUUAGCAGCAGAUCCUAAUUUAUAUGAAAGGAUAGCUAAAAGUAUAGCUCCUAGUAUUUUUGGUGUAUUAGAUAUUAAAAAAGCAAUAGCAUGUUUAUUGUUCAGUGGAUCUAGAAAAAGAAUGCCUGAUGGUCUUUGUAGAAGGGGAGACAUUAAUAUUUUGAUGUUGGGUGAUCCAGGUACAGCUAAAUCACAAUUACUAAAAUUCGUAGAAAGAGUCGCACCAAUUGCAAUUUAUACAUCUGGCAAAGGAAGUUCAGCUGCUGGCUUAACAGCAUCAGUUUUAAGAGAUCCAAUAACGAGAAAUUUUGUCAUGGAAGGAGGAGCUAUGGUCCUUGCAGAUGAUGGUGUUGUUUGUAUAGAUGAAUUUGAUAAAAUGAGAGAGGACGAUAGAGUUGCGAUACACGAAGCAAUGGAACAGCAAACAAUAUCAAUUGCAAAAGCAGGAAUAACUACAACAUUGAAUACUCGUUGCUCCGUUUUAGCAGCAGCGAACUCGAUAUUUGGUCGUUGGGAUGAUAUAAAAGGAGAAGAAAAUAUCGACUUUAUGCCAACAAUUCUAUCCCGUUUUGAUAUGAUAUUUAUUGUUAAAGACGUGCACGAGCAAGCUAAAGAUAUAAUGUUAGCAAAGCAUGUAAUGAAUAUUCAUAGUAAUGCUGCUCAAAUUACAGAACAAUCUACAGAGGGAGAGUUACCAUUGCAUAUUUUAAAGAAAUAUAUUCACUACUGCAGAACACGUUGUGGUCCAAGACUUAGUAAAGACGCGGGAGAGAAAUUAAAAAAUCGUUAUGUCGUAAUGCGAGCUAGUACAAGAGAUCAUGAGAAGGACACAGAAAAAAGAUUGUCUAUUCCCAUAACCGUUCGCCAAUUGGAAGCUGUAAUAAGAAUCUCUGAAUCUUUAGCUAAAAUGAGAUUACAACCUUUUGCUACAGAAGUUCAUGUAAACGAAGCGCUUCGACUUUUCCAAGUGUCUACUUUAGAUGCUGCAAUGUCUGGAUCAUUAGCUGGUGCGGAAGGAUUUACCUCGAACGAAGAUCAUGAAAUGUUAUCUCGUAUUGAGAAACAAUUGAAACGCAGAUUUCCUAUUGGGAACCAAGUAUCAGAACAAAAUAUUGUCAAAGAUUUUAUAAAACAAGCAUAUCCAGAACGUGCCAUUUACAAAGUUAUACAUACAAUGAUACGUCGCGGAGAACUUCAACAUCGUAUGCAACGUAAAAUGUUAUACAGAUUAUUAUAGACUGAAAUGCGACAACAUCUUUCGUUUUUGUGCAUUUAUUCAUAUAUUUUUUUAAUUUUUGUACUUCACUUAACUCAUUUGUAAUAUAUAAAUAUACACGUACUCAAACUACA